AUGGAUCUCGGCUUUUUAGCUCAUAGAUAUGCAUCACAACAGGCUCGCUUGGGUGAGGCACACAGAACUGGGAAGUACGGGAAUGUCCAUCGGGAACUCAAAGCUCGACAUGUAACCUUCAUUGCCUUGGGAGGAGACCUGGGGACGGGGCUGUUUCUGGUGAUCGGGCGAGCAUUGGGAUACUUCGCUGGGCUUAUGAUGAUGAUGGCUGUUGGUGAGAUGGCCGCCUGGCUUCCUGUGCCUGGCGCUGUUCCUCAUAUCUGUUCCCGCUACGUCGAUGAUGCCCUGGGUUUCGCCGUGGGCUGGAACACCUGCAUCAUCCAAUACUGGUCGCGUGCAAGCCAUGCUAGUGUUGCGGUUUGGAUUGUGAUGCUCAUUGUGUUAUUGCUGGCCGUCAACAUCCUCGCAGUCAAGGUCUACCGCGAAUCUGAGUUUAUGUGCGCCAUUAUCAAACUCUGGGGGGUUAUCGUGCUGCUCAUUACCGCUCUAGUCAUUGAUCUUAGAGGAGUACCAUCUCAGAACCGACUGGGCUUUCAUUACUGGAAGUCUGAUGGCAUGAUGAAAGAGUAUAUCGCGUCCGGACCCACUGGUUGUUUUCUCGGACUCUUCUCAACGCUAGUCAACGCCUCCUUCUCUCUUGGUGGCGUUGAGACUGUUGUUGUAGCUGCCGUCGAGGCAGAGUAUCCUCGUCAACGAGCCAUUGAACUAGUCUUCUGGCACCUCUUGUUCUUCGUUCUGGCCUCCAGCUCCGCAUCCAAUGCAGAGUCGCCCUGGGUGAUUGCUAUCCAGCUAGCAGGCAUCCGGGCUCUCCCGUCUAUUGCCAAUGCUGUCAUCUUCAUCGCGGACAUUUCGGCGGGAAAUCCCUAUGUCUUCAUGGGAUCAAGGUAUCUCUUUGCGUUAGCGUCGAAUCGACAGGCGCCGGCUAUCUUCUUGCGUUGUACCAAGCGGGGAAUCCUUAUCUACACUCUCCUCAUGCCAAUGGGCUCGAGCCCCAGUGUUGCAUUUCAGUGGUUCCAAACUUCAACGAAAGUUUCCAUUUUGUACACGUGGAUCGCCGUUUGCAUUGCAUAUCUCCACUUCCAUGCAGCUCUCAAAGCACAGCAUGUGGACCGCGCCUCUCUUCCGUUCUCAUUUCUCUGGCAGCCGUACUCGACAUACUUUAUUCUGGAGUUCCUCACUAUGGUGGCGUUUUUCAAUGGCUUCGAUGCCGAGGAGGCUGAUCUGUUCACAGACAAAGCUGAGCUUGAUGCAAUUGAGUGGGCUCAGAAGGCUCCAAUGACUGUCGUCGAGAAGCUGUGGCUUUGGGUCGCGUGA